AUGGCUAUGAAGAUUUUUUUGGUCGCUUUCUUUCAGCUGAUGACAAUUCUCUUUCGUGUGCACGGCAGGAACUACAGUCUAUCACACGGCUGGGAAGUAACGAACAACAAUCAGCUUCUGGAAUUGCAAGGAUCACAGGCCAAUGCCAGUUAUCGGCUGCUCCGAGCAGGUGACAGUCCUCUCAUGAGCCAGAGCGGAAGAUUUGGCUUGUCUUUCUUUCGAUUCCACAACUCGGCCGAGUUCUACUUUGCUUUGGUUCUUGGCUCCAGCAACAACACGAACUCUGGCGUCUGCGUCUGGGCUGCAAACCGGGACUGUCCUGUGACAGAAAAUGCUACCGUUCGUGUGACCGGUCAGGGAGCUCUGGAAGUUGCCGAUUGGGAUGGGAAGGUUGUAUGGAGUUCUCCUGGUGGAGUUUCUGAGAUGGAGCUUCGAGACACUGGGAACUUUGUCCUCUACAACUCCACGGGUGGGAUCUCCUGGCAGAGCUUCGACCAUCCUACAGAUAUCCUUUUAGAAGGACAAGUCAUGGUAACUAAGCAGAGACUUAUCAGCAGCGCCAAUUCAUCAAGUCUUGCUAGCGGGAACAUCAAGAUGGAAGUUGAGCCGAGCGGUCUCAUCUUUUUCCUCAACCGGGACACAAGACAGCCUUACUUGGUUUGGAACUUAUACAAUGGAAACUUGCCAAUGGACGAGACUUCCAUCAACGCACCAUGCCCGACUUAUCACACAGAGCUCGAGUAUUCCGCUGGCCAACUGAUACUAUCGUACCAGCCAUCGACGAGCAACCCUUCCCAGCUCUGCAGCGCUCCUCUCACAGCAGUACUCGGGAACAGCAGCGAUGACCGGCAGUAUCUCAAACUUGAAAUCGAUGGGAAGCUGGUUCCU